AUGCUGCAAAAUGUCCAGGACGUCUGGCUGCCCGCUCGCUUCGCCGGCAGGGCCCUGAGACUGCUCUGGGGCAAGAACAAGCCCGUCACCAUAACUGUGGUGGUGGUGGAGGAGGUGGAACAACGCCGGCAAGGACGUGGUGGUCCUGCACAUUCCGCCCCGGGGAUUCUUCUGCCCGAGUCUGUCCCCUUCGUCGUCAAGCUCGAGACCUACGUCAGGAUGGCGGAGAUCCCUCAUGUGAUCGACCACGAGGAGCCCCUGGGACCCAAGGGGAAGACGCCCUGGAUCACCCUCAACGGCGAGGACGUUGGCGACUCGCAGAUGAUCAUCGAGAAACUGGCGGCCAAGUUCGGCAAGGAGUUCGACGCCCACUUGUCGCUGGAGGAGAAGGCCGUGGCUCACGCCCUGCGCGUCAUGGUGGACGAGUACUUUGUCUGGUGCCUCGGUGUCUACCGCUAUGGCCAGGAACAAGGUCGCCACUUCCUCCUGAACGCCUCCAUCCCUUGGUUUUACCGGCCGAUCUUGCCCAUUACUUUAAGAGGUAUGUAG